AUGACAACCUCAGACGGCACAGAGAGACUCCUACAGAUUGUUUGGGACUGGUUAAGACAUCAGAGCUUCCUCAGAUCUCCACUUUUCCCAGUUUUCUUCUCUCUGACAGUUUACCUGAGCUGCUGCUUACCUUACAUUAUCCUGGAUUUGCUCUGUUCCAGACUGACCCUGGUGCGCCGCUUCAAGAUCCAGCCUCAGAGCGAGGUGACGUGGGCAAAGGCUUGGAGGUGUUGGUGCAGAAUUCUCCACAACCAUGUUUGUUUUAUUCUCCCUCUUUCUGUUGCUCACGGGCACUGGAGGCCCGUGUUUUCUCCCACACUGGCACCUGAGAUGCUGACUGUUUUCAAAGACGUGCUGGCCUGCCUCCUCUUGUUCGACACGCAGUACUUUUUGUGGCACCUGCUCCAUCACAAAGUGCCCUGGCUCUAUCAUUCCUUCCACAAGGAGCACCACCUCUACACGGCCACCUUCUCCCUGACCACGGAGAACACGGGCGUCUGGGAGAUGCUGAGCCUCAGCUUCUUUGCAACCCUGAACCCUUUGCUCCUGGGCUGCCAUCCACUCACUGAGAUGCUCUUCUUUGUCACGAACAUGUAUCUGUCCGUGGAGGCGCACUCCGGAUAUGAAUUCCCCUGGUCUCCACAUAGAGUGGUGCCAUUCGGCCUCUAUGGAGGAGCUCAGCAUCAUGACCUCCACCACCUCAAAUUCAAAGUCAACUACGCACCAUACUUCACGCACUGGGACAGACUUCUCGGCACACUGCAGGGGACGCAGAGGAAGUCGAGGACUUUAAAGAGGUGAUUAUCAGAAUAUGGGAAGGACUUGUUUCUGCUGUUAACCUGCAAGAAAAGCUACUAACAAAGAAGACUAGAUUCGAUU